AUGAUCACCAGAUUGGCUACCUUGUCUGGGGUGGAGAGACAUCCGACAGACCGGACGUCUGUCUUCAUCAGUAAACAGCCAUUCCUGCCAUACGGCGACUAUAAGGGACCGCAACAGAAGAAGAGAAAGACCACUGAGCCACCAUCAUCAACAGCAGAGCCCUCAGCACCUCCUGUACCUCCUGGUAGAGACGCUGGCCCACCCCCUCCGGACACACCUGAGCCUGAGACUGAGCCUGCGACAGUAGAGGUGCCAGCAGCUGAAGCUGGACAGACAGUCGAGCCCACUCAGCAGAGAGCCGAGGAGAGGGCGGACCAGCCUAUAGUUGAGGAGCUAGUGGUUGAGAGGGCAGAGCCAGCAGCUAUAGCCGAGCCGAGAGUGGAGACCACCACAGAUCCUUCCCGAGCUAUCAUUGUGUAUCAGCGACACCACCACCCACCACCGCCAGACGGUGGAGAUUCUCAGAGUUGA